AUGAUGACGUGCCGUCUGCUGUGCGCCCUGUUGGUGCUUGCCCUGUGCUGCUGCCCGUCCGCGUGCGUGACAGCGACUGCUGGAGAUCCAAAUAAGGGUGGCCCCGGUUUAUCGCCUGCUCAGUCAGAGGGAGCAGGUGUUUCAGGGCAAGCAAAUACUUCCAGGGCGUCAAGUUUAACACCUCCGACCGUUGCGUUACCGGGACCCGAAAAUCAGGACGGUACGGGAGAAGCAUCAGUCACGAGGAUUGUUACCGGAAGAGGUACAGAUGGAGUGACCGGUACGCCAGGGUUUACGGGGAACAGUGCGAAACAGCCACAUGGUACGCCCAGUUCGCAAGGGGCAGGAGAUUCGGCGAACCGUAAUGGACAGGAACAAAUUAGGGAGUCCAGUACGUCAGGUUCAGCAGAAUCGACCAAAAAGGUACAGGAACGGGCACCAAGUGGGGCGACUGGUGGGAAAGGGCCCUCAAGUCAGCCCAGUAAUGGGAAGACACAAAUUGUGAAACCCACAUCACAAGGAUCAAGUGAGGGAACCGAUGUGCCGGGGAGUUCAAAUACCGAAGGUCCAGAGACUAUUCCAAAACAGGGACCAGGUGAGUCCGAUGGGUCAGGGUCGUCAGGUGGGUCCGCUAACCCAGCUGCAGCAUCAAGUUCCGUGACCGGUACGGUAUUGGCACAAAGUCAGAAGGAAAAUGCGCCAACAACAACAACCACGACUACGACAAAAGCACCAACUACCACCACCACUACGACUACGGAGGCGCCAACUACAACGACCACCCGCGCACCGUCACUUCUUCGCGAAAGCGACGGCAGCCUCAGCAGCUCUGCGUGGGUGUGUGCCCCGCUGCUGCUCGCUCUGGCUGCGCUGGCGUACACCACUCUGGGCUGA